AUGGCCAAUCCCUCUCUCUUUUCUCUUGCUCUCUUUGUCUCUCUCAUUGCAUUAACUACAACCGUGUCUCAGGAGAUAAGAAAGCCAUAUAUUGUUUACAUGAAUAAGUCCAUGAAGCCUCUGCAUUUUUCACUUCAUGAGUACUGGUAUGUUUCUCUCAUCAAUGAGGCAACUUCGGGCUCAGGCUCAGACGAUGAAAGCCUGUUGUUAUAUACAUAUGAUAUAGUACUUGAUGGAUUUGCAGCGAAGCUGAGCAGAGCUGAGGCUGCAUCUUUAGAGAGCAUGGAAGGUUGCUUGGCCGUAAUCCCGUCUUCUGUGAGCCAAAUGCAUACGACCCGUUCGCCGCAAUUUUUGGGUCUGGGAGGUUCGCAUAACAAUUUUUGGCCGCAGUCUCAUUACGGCAAAGAUGUGAUUGUGGGCGUGAUUGACACCGGAAUAUGGCCUGAGAGUGAGAUGCCAAGGUCUCGAUGGCAGCAUGUUCAACGUGAUUCCGUAGGAGUCGCUUCCCACAAGGCAGUCAGCAUGCUGAAAAAAGUUUCAACGGCAGCGAAACAAGUUGGGGUCGCUGGUCUUAUCUGGGCCACCGAGCCUCUUCGGGGGGCGCAAGAAAUAAUCGACGGUAAUGGUCUGCCCUCUAUCAGUGUGGGUUUUGAAGUAGGAAACAAAAUCAAAGCGUACAUAAACAGUACAAGUAAUCCUACCGCCGCCAUAAAGCCAUCAGAAUUGACAGUGAAAGGAAAGGCAGUAACAGCUCCGCUUGUGGCUUCUUUUUCUGGGAGAGGACCGAGUCGGGAAUUUCCACAUAUACUGAAACCAGAUGUGAUUGCUCCAGGCCUCGACAUAUUGGCGGCAGUUAAGAAAGGAUAUGAAUUUAAGUCGGGGACAUCCAUGUCGUGUCCCCACGUAAGCGGCCUUGCAGCGCUCAUACGCGGCGUCCAUCCUUCCUGGAGCCCCGCCGCAAUUAAAUCGGCUCUCAUGACGUCUGCUUACAUCCGCGACAAUAAAAAUCAGCCCAUCAAAGAUGUCGUCACACUGAAAGCAGCCGAUCCAUUCGCUUUGGGCGCAGGUCAUGUAAAUCCAGCGGCUGCUAUGGAUCCGGGGCUUGUCUACGACCUGGUACCUAGUGAUUACAUUCACUUUCUCUGUACUCUCAACUACACCGACAAACAGAUCGCUCUUCUGAUGGACAACCACAAAAUCUCGUGCCCCAGAUCAAGCAAUUUGGAAGACGCAGCUGAUCUUAAUUAUCCAUCUUUCACUCUUUUCUUCAACUCCACCAGAAUACCCAAAGUUGUCGUGAGAAGGAGAACAGUAACAAACGUGGGUGCCGUUCGUUCUACCUACAAAGUGCAAGUGGAGGAGCCUUCUGGAAUGAAAGUAAGUGUUGAGCCAGAGACGUUAGAAUUCACAAAGGAGAACCAGAAGCUUAACUUUCGUGUAAUAUUUCAGAGCGCGAUCAUCAAAGCAAAGGAGGAUGUAACGUUGGGUGAAAUAUCAUGGAAUUGUAUCCGAGGUGGAACUCAUGUUGUUCGUAGCCCAGUUGUUGUACAGUGGCGAGAUAUAUGA